AUGGUUGCCAGAUCCUUGCCCUGGUGCGCGGAGCAGCCACAGCGAUCCCUGCUGCGAUCCCUGCUGCGAUCCCUGCUGCGAUCCCUGCUGCGAUCCCUGCUGCGAUCCCUGCUGCGAUCCCUGCUGCGAUCCCUGCUGCGAUCCCUGCUGCGAUCCCUGCUGCGAUCCCUGCUGCGAUCCCUGCUGCGAUCCCUGCUGCGAUCCCUGCUGCGAUCCCUGCUGCGAUCCCUGCUGCGAUCCCUGCUGCGAUCCCUGCUGCGAUCCCUGCUGCGAUCCCUGCUGCGAUCCCUGCUGCGAUCCCUGCUGCGAUCCCUGCUGUUCCCGCAGCCCGGCGCCGACUCGGAGGCCGAGCAGAAAGAUUCUGAUUCCGGAUCUGAAUCGGAUUCGGACCAGGAGAACGCUGGGUCUGGCAGCAACGCCUCUGGGAGUGACAGUGACCAGGAGGAUGACAGAGAGGCAGUAAAACCCAGCAAUAAGGAGUUGUUUGGAGAUGACAGUGAGGAUGAGGGGGCAUCCCAUCACACAGGGAGUGACAACCACUCUGAAAGAUCCUACAAUCGCUCUGAAGCUUCAGGACAUUCUGAGCAUGAAGACAACGACCAGUCAGACGUGGACCAGCACAGUGUUUCAGAAGCUGCUCAUGAUGAGGAGGAGGAUGAUCGUGGGCAUGGGUCAGAUGAGGGCAGUCAUCAUUCAGAGGGAGAGGGUUCUGAAAAAGGACAUUCAGAGGAUGAGAAGUGGGGCAAGGAGGACAAAAGCGACCAGUCAGACGAUGAGGAGAGGCAGCAGAACUCUGACGAUGAGGAGAAAGCUCAGAACUCUGAUGAAGAUGAAAGGCCACAGGUGUCUGACGACGAGGAGAGACUCCAGAACUCAGACGAGGAGAAGAUGCAGAACUCUGAUGAUGAGGAGAGGCCACAGGCCUCGGACGAGGAGAAGAUGCAGAACUCGGAUGAUGAUGAAAGGGCUCAGCAUUCUGAUGAGGAGAAGAUGCAGAACUCUGAUGAUGAGGAACGGGCCCAGCACUCUGAUGAGGAGGACCAAGAGCGUAAAUCUGAGUCUGCAAGGGGCAGUGAUAGUGAAGAUGAAGUUCUACGAAUGAAGCGCAAGAAGCCGAUCGCGUCUGAUUCAGAAGGGGACAGUGAGGCAGAAGGACAGAAAGAGCAUGCAGAUGUCAUGGAUCUGUUUGGAGGUGCAGACGACAUUUCCUCAGGAAGUGAUGGAGAAGACAAACCACCAACUCCAGGACAGCCCAUUGAUGAGAAUGGACUGAGUCAGGAACAGCAGGAAGAAGAGCCUAUUCCAGAGACUAGAAUAGAGGUAGAAAUACCAAAAGUAAACACAGACUUGGGCAAUGAUUUGUAUUUUGUGAAGCUGCCCAAUUUCCUAAGCGUGGAGCCCAGACCCUUUGAUCCCCAGUAUUAUGAAGAUGAAUUUGAAGAUGAGGAGAUGCUUGAUGAAGAGGGUAGAACUAGGUUAAAACUCAAGGUAGAAAACACGAUACGAUGGCGGAUGCGACGAGAUGAGGAAGGGAAUGAGAUCAGAGAAAGUAAUGCCAGGAUAGUGAAAUGGUCAGAUGGGAGCAUGUCUCUCCACCUGGGCAAUGAGGUCUUUGAUGUGUACAAGGCACCACUACAGGGAGAUCACAACCAUUUGUUUAUCAGACAAGGGACAGGUCUACAAGGACAGGCUGUUUUCAAGACAAAGUUAACCUUCAGGCCACACUCUACGGACAGUGCCACUCACAGGAAGAUGACUCUGUCUCUGGCAGACAGGUGCUCAAAGACCCAGAAAAUCCGUAUUUUGCCAAUGGCAGGUCGUGACCCAGAGUCCCAGCGCACAGAGAUGAUUAAGAAAGAAGAGGAGAGGCUGAGAGCUUCCAUUCGCAGGGAAUCCCAGCAGCGCAGGAUGCGGGAGAAGCAGCAUCAGCGCGGGCUGAGCGCCAAUUACUUGGAACCUGAUCGGUAUGAUGAGGAGGAUGAGGGAGAUGAUGCAAUCAGCCUGGCAGCUAUCAAAAACAGAUACAAAGGUGGCAUCAGAGAGGAACGUGCUAGGAUCUACUCUUCUGACAGUGAUGAAGGCUCAGAUGAAGAUAAAACACAAAGACUACUCAAGGCAAAGAAACUUACUAGUGAUGAGGAAGGUGAACCUUCUGGGAAGAGAAAAGCAGAGGACGAUGACAAAGCAAGUAAGAAGCAUAAGAAAUACGUGAUCAGCGAUGAAGAGGAAGAAGAUGAUGAUUAAUAUUAAGGAAGCACAAAAGUUGAUUCUUUUUAUAUAUGUAUUUAUAUAUAUAUUGUACAGUUCUCUUACAGCAAAGAUGUAAGUAACCAUAAUGGGGUUAUUUUGAUAAAUGAAAAUUCCACUGAAGUCUGCAUUUCUGGUGUGAAUAAAGUUUUUUGACUUCCUUUU